UUGCACAUCGAAAACUUCUGGCAACGCUGUCAAAGGCCACCGUUUCGCAACGCUUAAAAUCAAAGCUGGCAACAAUACACCAAUACAGUUACACAAACGAACACACAGCUUUCGCGCACGCGUUUCUCUCAGCUUGAAAAUGGAGCCACAUUGGACGAACAAUUAUUGCAAGCAUCAUGUGAAUGGCACCCUGUAUGUGAUUACAUGUUUGCCGAUGACAGCCGUUCAGCUAAUGGCACUGGAAAGUGGAGCCGGCGAGAUAUUUCUCACAAGAAUCAAGAAGCAAACGACGCCGGAGGAUAUAAUGCGAGUGGCCAUUCAACUGGACGAUGUUUACAUGCUGCGCUUCAAGAUCGAUUUCUCGUUCAGGUCGCGUGGUUAUGCCUACUUGCAAUACGUCAAUGUGGACACCAUGGAACGAGCACUGGCUGUCUUGCAGUCUUUAUUUCGUCAGGCCAAGCUGAAAAUUCAGGUGCGCCAAUCGAAUAAUCUGAAGAGUCUAUUUCUCAAAGAUGUGAAUCAUUUGAAUCCGCUGCAGGUGUAUGAGGAACUGCGUCUGAUCUGGCGCUACGACAAGUUGUACGUGCUGGAGUACAAACCGCUGCAGUAUGCCUAUAUCAUCGAGUAUCGCAACAAUUAUGAGGCAACCAUCGCCUUCAACGUCCUUAAAAGCCAGAUGGGCAUCUUUGGCAACAAUCUCUUCGUUAUUUGGGUGAACAAGGAUGAACAUUCACCUGUCAGUCAUCCAGUGCCCAAUUGUUGUGCUGUUCUUCUCCGAUACCAGUUAAAUUGGAUGAACAUCAUUCAGCCAUAUUAUCCGUGCUUCAUGUUUUAAAUGCAAUAUCACAAAUUUCAGUUAACUGUAAGAUAUAUGCAUAAUCUUAUGUAAUUAUACAUUUGCAGCUUUUGUGA